AAGCGUGGCGCCAGUGCAUCCGCUCUCUUCCGAGGGUGGAGGGAGGGCUCAUCCUCAUUAUCGCCAUCAUUCGGGUGGAAGAGAGCGAGCAACGUGCGGACAUCUCUAACCCGUAUCACGGCACGUUGAAAGCAAGAGGAGGACGCAAUUAAAAGCUUUACCAGUCGUUCCAGUUGAGGUCAAAGGUCAACACCCACCAUGGCGGACGACGCGGACAUGCGCAACGAGCUGGCCGACCUGCAGACUCGCGCCGACGAGAUAGCCGACGAGUCACUGGAGAGCACUCGCCGCAUGAUAGCUCUCGUCGAGGAGAGUAAAGAUGCCGGCAUCAGGACUCUGGUCAUGUUGGAUGAGCAGGGAGAGCAACUCGAUCGCGUGGAGGAGGGCAUGAACAAGGUCAACGCAGACCUGAAGGAGGCCGAGAAAGAUUUAAAAGAUAUAGGACAGUGCUGUGGUCUCAUAUGCCCGUGUAUUAAAAAGAUUAAGGGCGGGGGCCAGGCCUGGGGUGGCAACCAGGAUGGAGUGGUGAACAGCCAGCCGGGCGCUCGAGUGGUGGACGAGCGCGAGCAGAUGGCCAUCAGCGGGGGCUUCAUCCGCAGGGUAACAAACGACGCUCGUGAGAACGAGAUGGACGAGAACCUGGAGCAGGUGGGCGGCAUCAUCGGCAACCUGCGCCACAUGGCCCUGGACAUGGGCCAGGAGAUCGACACCCAGAACCGCCAGAUCGAUCGGAUCAUGGAGAAGGCGGACUCCAACAAGACUAGGAUCGACGAGGCCAACCAGCGCGCUACAAAGAUGUUGGGCAGUGGCUAAACUGCAGCAAAAAGUGCUUUCGCCCCUCCCCCUCCCUCACACCAUUGGCCCCAGUCCACCUCCAAAAAAAACACAACGUACACACACACACACACACACACGCACACACACACACAAAUGCAACAGAGAAACACACAACCCAGUGUACCCGUGCCCUUGCGCUUGUUUUGUUGGCUCGCAGGCGCCCGCAAAACCAUGCUUUUAUUGUGUAGGAGUCUGCACAUAUCAUCAUCACGUCACCCCUCGUCGUCAUUGUUGUUGUGUGUUUUGUUAUGAAAUGAUAGUUGUGUACAUAGACACGUUUAGAGUCCCCAUUCUUGUCUUUUUUGAAAUGUAACAUAAAUAGAAUCACCACGGUCUCCAAUCAAGGACAUGCCAGAGAUUGUACAUAAACUUCUUGUCCUCAGGGAGCUCAAAGUGACUCUUCCAAAUCCAAAUUCUUGUGCAUUUCAUAGCAAAUGCGAGUUAGCCUGGAUGAGAGAAAUAUUAGCUUCAAUCUGACAUUUUAUUGAUGAGAAAAGAUAUUUUUCCCCGCCUCCUCACAUCUCAGAAGUCAUGCAUGUCAUCAGUAAUUUAUCAACAUGGCAGCCGCAUGCUAAAUACAGUACGUGUGCACAGUAGGUCACUCAGCCUCUUUCCCCUCCCCCUCUCCACAAUAGUGCCACUCUUUUUUUUUUCUUUUUUUUUGUCUGUCAUGUCCUUUCCAGACUGUGACCAAACAACGCAACACAUUUUACCCUGGAAAAUGCCAAUAAAACCUUCAGAACUGUCGAAACAA